CACGUAAAUAGCCAUCCUCUUUAUUUCAUUUCCAACCAAGAUGCAUGAAAAUAUACGUUUUUACGCAGAUAUGUUGUAUUAAUAAAAAUAGAUUUAGAGAACAUUUUGAUUAUUUCUUGAUGUUUUAUCACGCCCUGCAUUUUGUGUUUUAUUAUGAAAAUCCAGAGCGGAACUUCCUGACACACUAAACGUAUUGAUUUGACUACGAACCCGCGGUGAUUGUUUCUACUACGGCUGUGGUCAUGCUGACAUGUGAGAUUUGCAGCGAGGAAAUCAUGUUGGAGGAAGACAUGAAAACACAUAUUCUCCUAAGCCACCUAGAAAAUGACGUCCACUGCCCGCUGUGUUCUUUGUCCGGGGUGUCCUGCGACGAACUGGCCUUCCACAUAAGCAUCGCCCACCCGGAGAGUUGUUCCCAGCCCCAGAGUUCACCUCACACCUCAUCCGGCGUUCCGUGCACAACCAUCACCAGCUUCACCGACGGCAAAGAGCCCCAGGCUGCGAGCGGGUGUAGCACGGAGCGAGACGCUGCUCCCUUUGGAUCUCAUAGUGUUUCAUUCCCACCCCAGGAGUGUAAUCAUGCCAUUUCCAUGCCAAGUGAAGUUGUUUUAACAUCGGAGGUGAAUCCAGCCACGUCGUCAACCCCUGAAAGUCCACACCCAGAACAAGACGUCACCGGCGUUCCGAAACAAAUAGCUGCCAAACAGAAGCCGCUCUCUUCCCCCAAAAAUGAGCGGUUCUCUUGCCCCAUGUGUGCGCUGGUCUUCAGCAGCAGCCUCAUCCUGCAGGAGCACGUUGAGUUACAUCUGCAGGAUCACCACCCUGCUCGACAAGGAGACGAAGCACUUGAGUGCCCACUGUGCCCAGUUGUUUGCAUUGACAGCGCCUCUCUGCAGCAACACGUGGAACUGCACUUAGACAGUGGAGCAGGGAGCUCUGAGUCAGACGAAACGCUGGCCUGGAGACUUCAACAGGAAAUGGAGAAGAAGAGAAAGGUGGAGGAGAGCCGUCUAGAGAGGGAGGAGUUCAAGAAGUUGCAGAGGCAGUUUGGCCUGGAUGGCAGUGGCGGCUAUCGCUCCCAGAUGGAAAGAACCAUGGCGAGGGAUGUGGCCAGAGGCGUCUUGGCCCCAGCAGAGUAUCACUGUAAGAGGGUGGAGUUGUUGGAGUCGCUCGCCUCAGGAGUUGACGAUGGCAGGACCAGAACUCAGGGUGUCAUGGCCGCCUUGUACGAGUACUAUCAGAUUGAGUGCAGAGAAUGUGUGCAUGUGUGGUUAAGCGCGGACACUGACCACUACUGCUCCUCAACGGGGGACAAAGGCUGGGGCUGUGGCUACAGAAACUUCCAGAUGCUGCUGUCAUCUCUACUCAGAAUCGAGAUGUAUGCACCCUCCUUCCCAGACAAAGUGGUGCCAAGUAUUCCACACGUGCAGGGCCUGAUUGAGGAGGCCUGGAGAGCAGGUCUGGAUCCGCAAGGUGCGUCCCACUUUAACCACAGACUUCAAGGAACACGAGCUUGGAUCGGCGCCACGGAGAUCUACGUGCUCCUUACCUCUCUAGGAUUCAGUGGCCGUAUCAUUGACUUCCACCAGCCAACAGGCUCAGGAGGCACCCAUCCUCAGCUCUUUGAGUGGGUCAGAGAGUACUUCAAUCAGUCCCGCUGGAUUAGCAAAUUGACUCCCAGACUGAUCCAGACCUCCCUACCCCCGCUCUACCUGCAGCAUCAAGGGCACAGUCGCUCCAUCGUGGGUUUGGAGCAGCGCAAGAACGGCAGCUUGUGCCUCCUGAUUUUGGAUCCUGGCAUCUCUUCGUCCGACACCAGGAAGCUGAUGAGCAGCGACACCAUGGCCGUAGCUAUGCGCCAGGUCCGCAAGCUCCCCGGCAGCCUGAAACACCUGCAGUACCAGGUGGUGGCAGUAGAGGGCAUGCUGUCCAACGAUGAAAGAGAGAUCCACAUCUUGAACUCUAGGAUUCUGUGUGCUGAAAAGAUCCCAUGAACUGCACUGAACACUUUUAUGUCAUCUCUCUUCUUGCAUUGUGAAUAUUUAAUGUAUUAGUUGCUAAUAAAUCUUUUAAAAAGCAAA